UUCAAACUGUCCCUCCUGCACGAAAAAGUCCUGGAAAAGCGGCAGAAAUCAGAUUCCUACAGCGCGAUGAGUGACUUCAUGAUCUCCGGGAUGAAGACGGCUUUCAGCUACAUCCGAACCCACUACCUUCCGAAGUGCCCGGAGGGAAAUCAAGCGAGUCCGACCCAGAUGGC